AUGAAAAGGUCAUCCUCCACACACAUCUACACAGCCACGCCCAACAACAGUUUCACUCACGAGGAGAACUUUUCGAAGAUAAAAGACUCGUGUGCCUCUGAGCUAGGAGAAGAACAACAACAACGACCUCAUCAAGAUGAUGACCCAUUGAUGAACAAUUACUCGAAUUCUUCAUCAAGCACUACCACUCCUACCAACAAUAACAAUUUGAUGGAAUUCAUAUUCCCUCAACGAGAAGCCUCGGACGAACAUCCAAACACCGAUAUUAUGGCAAUGAUGAUGAUGGAAGAGAGUCAUCACCCCGAGGACGACGAGAUGGAUUGUUUUGAUCUCUCGACAACCAUCCGUGCAUCCGCAGGAGGUAUGAACUAUCAACAGGAACAACAACCAUUGAACCAACCAUACCCCUCAAAUCGCAACCUCAACUACUCCAACAAUUCUCAAUGGGCCUCUCUCCCUGAAUAUACUUUUUUGGAUGAAGAAAACAUUCAUUCAUCGACGACGAGCUUUAACAACAACAACCACCACCACCACUUGAACAAUAACAACAACAACAACCCUCUAAUGAGCUCUACUUCAACCAUGAUGAAUCCACUCCUUCUCAUGGUUCCCAUAAGUCGUACAAGUUUGGAUUCAUUAUCUUCAACGACAACAACCAUCACCACCACCACCACCACCACGACAGACUCAUCCUCCUCUCCUCUCUUUCCUCUCAAUUUAUCCUUUGAUGAGGCUGAAUUGAAUGUCAUUGAAAAAGCCUUCUUCUUUCAUCAUCAGGAUCAACAUAAUUUUUCUUCUUACAAAAACAAUUCCAAAAAUUACAACAGUCCUUAUUCUUCCUCUUUUCUUUGUACAACCUUACAACAACAACCUCCUUAUGAACCUCAUCAUCAGCAGAAUCAACAACAACAACAACAAGGACCACUCAUUAUGGGUGAGGAAGGAUUUAUUGGCUCUUCCUCCACUGCUUCAGUGGUGAAUUCCAUUGGACAACAGAAAGAAGAAGAACAACGGCAAUCCCUCCAUACGAAGAUGCCAUCCUUCUCUUCUUCUUCAUUGCCUUCUCCACAUUCUCAAUAUGAAGAUUCUUCUAUCAUGAGGAUGAGAGGUGCCAUGGUUGUUGGCUCUCAACCAUUUCAAGCACCACAGCCAUCAUCAGCCUUUACCUUUAACCAUUCCUCACCCUCUUUCAACAACAAGAACACUCUCAACCACCACUUGAAUCACAACAGGAACAAACAACGAACCAGUAGCAACACGCGUUCAUCAUCAUCCUCCAAGAUCAAUCCCUCUCUAAGGAGGAGAAGUCAAAGUUUUAGCUCUUUUUCUUCUUCUCAACAACAAGAUGAAGCACUACUACCUUCCGUAACCUUUUUCAAUGCAAAUUCUCAGUCACAACAACAACCAUUGACCAUGACAUUGAAAAAACAAAAGGCAUUGAGUACAAUGGGUUCUUCUUCUACCUUAAUGGUGCCACAACAAGCACAUCAACGAACGCUCUCUUCACCAAAUUCUUCUUCUUCUUCUCCUUUUCUUAGGUUUCAUAAUUCUUCUCCCAAUAGUGUUGGUAGUAGUGGUGGCGGUGGAACGCCAACAAAUGGUGAUUUGAAUUACAUGAUGAAUCAUGUUUCGCUUAAUAGUCCAAGUUCGAGUGGUAGUAGUAGUGGUGUUGGCGGUGCAAUGGGUUUGAAUCAAAAUAUUGCCUCACCUUCGACUAGUUCUUCUGUAUCGACAAGUUCUUCACCGACACUAGAGAAUGGAGGAAACACUAGUGGGAAGAAGAAGAGAAAAUCAAAGUUAUUUAGAGGUCAUUUUCAAAGUACGAGCACUUUUUCUAAGGAUGACAAGUGGCAGUUUCAUACAUUCAGCAACGGACAAGAUGAUUCCAACGAUUUGGUGUUUUAUCACUUCUUACCUUCAUCUGCCAAACCGAAAAAGAAAGAAAAGAAUUUACAACAAUAA